AUGUCGAACCCGAUUACAGAGGCGGCAUCCGUGGCUCAGCGGCUAGACCAAUACGUCCAAUAUUGCGACGCCGCCGAGCCGCAGUGCCCCAUAAUCGGAGACCGUUCCGGGACCACUGACGUCGGCGUGUCCGAAGGAGCAUUGGAGUCUGUGGUCGUCGUCCAGUCAGAGACUCUGUUUGGUUCGCAGUUUCAACGUCCCUCUGAUCGGAGACAAGACACCACAACCAUGGUGGCGUUUGAUAUUGCUCACCACACCAUGGCGGCGUUUGGUCUCAGGACAUCGUCAAGAGUUGGGCCCGCUGGUGGCGACUUUGCCCAACAGCAUCCCGGACCGCAACUGCACCGACUUAGCCUGCCACUGGCGGCGCUGCAGACCGCGUUAGCACAGCUGAAUGCAAGUCACGCCGCGAAUUUCCAGCGACCUGGAGAAGAGUCAGACCGCAUUCGCAAGGCUGAAGUCUGGCAGGAGAUUAGCACCGACAAAGGGCUUCUGAGUCAGAUACUGAAAGACCAGAAGACGGACUACAAGAACCUGUCUCAGGCGCUGUCACAAGAGAACAAGGACUUCAGUUCGGCUUUGUCCAGCCUGCGGCAGAUGGUGGUGGAUCAGCCCACACCUAACAGGAAUGCCAUGGUAGCUAGCGAGCGAGGUCUCAUGCCCAGAGACUGCAGAGACAUCAGGGCGGCGGGAAACUCCCAAAGUGGAGUCUAUACCAUCUUUAGCGGGUGCAACAGCUUCGAGGCUUACUGCGACAUGUCGGAUGACGGGGGAGGCUGGACCAUGAUCCAGAGGAGACUUGACGGCUCCGUCGACUUCUUUCGGGGUUGGAAAGACUAUCGAAAGGGCUUUGGACGCCUGAUCGGAGAGCACUGGCUCGGCCUGCAAAACAUCCACGCUCUGACGGCCUCGGGCGAUUACCAGUUGAAGAUCGACUUGGUCACGUUCAACUACCGCUAUAGCUACGCUCUCUACAACGACUUCUCGGUGGACCCCGAGAAGGACGGCUACCCGCUGCUUGUGAGCGGCUACUCUGGGACCGCAGGUGAUCAAUUCACCCAGCAUUCUGGGAUGAAGUUCACCACCAAAGACCGCGACCAAGACAAGUCUCAUGUCAAUUGCGCCAAUGUGUGGAAGGGCGCUUGGUGGUACAAGGACUGUCACUGGUCCAACCUGAACGGGCUGUACAAGACAACCGGCGCCUGCGACGGUCACAAUGCAGUCUGGAGUGAUUUGGGGCGAUCAAAGUAUACCUGCCUGACAGUCGUGGAGAUGAAGAUCCGGCCCAGAAAGUGAGCGGUCGGCCGGCGGAGCCUGGGAACGGCAUCCCCGUGGGAUCACGUGGGUGCUGCCCGA